UGUACUUUUAUUUAUUUUUAUUCAUGCUUUUGUCUUUUUUAUUAAUCUUUUCCUUGUAUGUAAGCCUGUCAUCUAAUGUGCUCAUACGUCAUCCUGUGAUUUCACAUAUACUUAAAAUAAUUGUCAGGAAGGAUAUGAGUAAGUCAAAAUAUUUUCUUUCUCUCCUUUAAAUAGUGUUACUCCAAAAGCCCCCAGAUCACUUCCCACUGACACACCGAGGGACACUUCUCUAUGGUGUAAUUCAAAAUCCAUAUGCCCUUUCUCCUAAUCAACAAACAGGUCAUGUUUGUAUGACUUGGACUUCUCUUGGAAUUCUCUACUGUAGCCAGAGAACCCCCAGCUGUGUCCGAGUAGAGGCCCCUGAGACUGGGAAGCUGACUUCCUCAGGCUGAACACUUGGGAGUUUUGAUCCCUGUUUCCUGGGCCACUGUCUGAAGGGUGACUCUGAGGGGCAUGAAAAGGUACCAGGGAUGAGGGCAAUUGGAAGAUUUAAUAGCCUUCCCACCAGACUGCAGCUCAGGGGAUCAUGGCCUGAUUCUUUUUGAGGGUCCCUACCUUACUGCCUAUUGGUGGCAGUGUUGGAGCCAGAACUCCUCAAGUCCCUGCCACUCCAUUGUCUGGCUGGACUUCUCAUUACUGGGAUAUUUAAGACACUUAGUGAUUCUGAAAGUCUAGACUGGAAAGAGUAACAGUCAACAAAGUUUUUCUUUCUUUCUUUCUUUUUCAUUUUCUUAUUUUUUUUCAAUCACUUAACUUUCAAUUUUACAGACAUAUGCAAAGCAUAAAACAGAGCUUCCCGAACAGCAUAUAUGCAUAUACAGUCAGAGAAAGCAUAUACUGGAAAGAUCAGAUGGGCAAAGAACUUGUUCUAGAUGAUGGAAAUAGGGGGAAAUGGAAUUCAAUUGUUUUGAAGCAAAAAGCAGAAGCAACAGAGAGAGCUGCUCUGGGAGAAUUGCAGAGGACAUUAUGGAAGAGGUCAGCUAUUGGCUUAGGUGUGUGCUUUCCCAGUGUGUGCUUCCUGAAGUUGAGCAGAGGCCCUUCUCUUUCUCAAUGACUGAGCUGGAGGAAUGGUUCCUGAGCCUUUGACAGAGACAUUCUGAGGGUGUACACCUGGAAGCAAGCAGAAGAUUUGUUUCUCAAAAGGAUAUAGAAAGAACGCCACAAGCAAGUUUUCAAAGGUUUUCUUUUAUAGAGAUGAAUGAAGUGCCUAUAACCCGUUCUGUCCUAAAUGUGAACUUGCAGCAUAAGGGCAAAGCAAAGAACAAUAUUAAGAAUGCAUUUCAUUCAAAUGAAUUGUCUUUCAUUGAGCAGAGACAAAAAAACCAAAAGCAUAGCAAGAAGCACAAAAACACAACGGAAGACAUCUCUGGUGAAGAGAAUUUCUCAUCUCCAUGGAGGCUCAUCUCUAGUGUGCUUGGUGUCAUGUGCAUUCUGAUGGCUGUAGCCAUAGCAGCGACCGUUUUCAGUACAAACUUAUCUUCUGAAAGACAAUGUCCCAUGAUCCAGCAAAAAGGACCUCAUCAUCCCUGUCCAGAGAACUGGGUCUGGUUCAGAUGCAGCUGUUAUUACUUCUCCAAGGAAACCCUAACGUGGAGAGAGAGUCAGCAAGCCUGCUUGUCUCUCAAUUCUAGUCUCAUAAGGAUAAGCAGAGAGGAGAUGGAAUUUUUCAGUUUCAAGAAUUUCUUUUGGGUUGGAGUUUACUACAAUAAAACUAGCAGACAGUGGCUGUGGGAAAACCAUUCAGUUCUUCCCUCUGAGAUGUUUUAUGGUCUCGAAACCAACACGCAAGGCAACUGUGUAACUUAUCAAUCAAAAGAAACUUGUUAUGCAGAAAAAUGUACAACCAAACAGCAAUAUAUUUGCAAGAAGUACAAUAUUUAAUCCUAUGAGGUCACAGAAGAUAUGAAAAUUAAAUCUUCUCAAACUUUUUUUGGGUGCUUAUUUGCUGAAGAAAACAUUGCAAAUGUUUGUCUUUGCUUAAAUAAAAUUAUAUUCAAAUACA